AUGGCAUCGCGAAUGAUGUCCUGUUUUGGCAAUGUACCUGGACCAUUUCUGGCAAGAUUUACUAGAUUAUGGGAGCUUCGACAAAUGCUUCGUGGUGAAUUCCACGAGACAAUUGUCAAACUACACAAACAGCAUGGUCCUAUCGUGCGGAUCUCGCCGAAUCUAUACAGCCUCAACUCGCCAGCAGACCAAAAGAAAAUAUAUAAUCUUCGAGCAGACUUGUCGAAAACGCCUUAUUACGACGCUGGAGGCCAUCCCCAACGCCCCAAUCUCUUUAGCACACAAGAUGCAUCUUUACAUGCCGACCGGAAGAAACCUGUCGCGAACUUAUAUUCCAUGUCCUCCAUGGUUCACUACGAGGAUGCAGUUGAUCGAAUGAUCAAAAUUUGUUUAAGGAAGUUUGCUGGGUUUGCUGAGAAGAGGAAGAAGGUCUUUGUUCCGAAAUUCAUGCAGGCUUAUGCCUUUGAUGUGAUUGGGGAGAUCACGAUAAAUCAGAAUUUUGGGAUGAUGGAGACUGAGGCGGAUGUUGAUGGUAUGAUGGAGUUGGUGCACGCUAGCAUCAGAUACCUAGGCACAGUCGGCAUCUUCCCGGAAUUCCACAGCUGGAUUUUCCGCAUAGUCAGCUUCCUCCGCCUUCGCCACGCCGGAGGCCUGAUCGAAAAGAUUGCCAGCGACACCAUAAGGAAGUUCCGCCACCCCGAUCGAAUGAUAGAGAAAGAAGAUCCCAACUCAGACCCCUUUAUCUCCAAACUCCUACGGCUCGAAGCAGCUGGCAAAGCCGACUCGUCCCACCUCAUGGAUGCCAUCGCAAGCAAUAUUGCAGCCGGUAGCGACACGACUGCAAUCACCCUCAGCGCAGCGUUGUACUACUUGUACAGAACACCACGGGCGCUUGCCGCUUUGCGAAAGGAAAUUGAUGAGAUGCAGAAGGCCGGCAAGAUUUCUGAUCCGGUCUCGUUCAAGGAGGCGCAGGACAUGCCGUAUUUACAGGCUGUUAUUCUGGAGACUUUGAGGUUGCAUCCCGCGGUGGGAUAUGUGCUGCCACGGAAGGUUCCUGCCGGUGGUAUGGAGCUUGCUGGAAGGCAUUUACCUGGGGGUACUUGCGUUGGCGUGAGCGCAUGGGCUCUGCAUCGGAAUCCGGAGGCAUAUGGUGAUGACGCGAGUGAAUUUCGUCCCGAGCGUUUCCUUGUUAGUGAAGACAGCAGUUCGAAGAAUCGAACUGCUUCUCUUGCUAGCUCUUUUGCGUUUGGCGGCGGAACGAGAUCUUGCAUUGGGAAGAAUAUUUCGCUGCUGGAAAUGACCAAGGCGGUGCCGCAGAUUGUGCGAAAGUUCGAUCUAGUCUUCGAGAGCGAUGAGCCGUGGGAACUCUUUUCGACUUGGUUCGUGUGGCAGAAAUAUCACUGCUAUAUCGAGCCGAGAAAGGGUUGA